UCCUAACCGCGUUCCACUUAAUUAAUCCCAAUCCCUAAUCCCCUUCCAAUUUGAUUCCCUUCUUCGUCCCCUUCUUCUCCGUCUCCUUUGAUCUCUCUCUCCUUGCGUUUCAUAUAUCGACGCAAAGAUCGCAGCUCUUGUGCCCCUUUCUCCGUUUCGUUUCCUCUCUUGAAGUCUCUCGAAUUCCCGUCCUUCUCCUUGUUCUGCCGUUUUCCGUUACCAAUCCCGCCGGAUUUUUCUCCGGCCGCCUCCAAUUGGAUUCUAGGGUUCAAUUGGGAUUUCUAGCCGCUAGAAUUAGGGUUUCUUUAGUCUUCUAGGGUUUGUACAAAUGUUGGGAACGGACUUGCAGUUCGGGCGCGGCCAUGGCGAGGAUCUGUUCUACAACCCCGUCAGGGCUCGCCGGAGUCGCCACCACCACCAGCAGCACUACCAGCAGGGCCCCGAGAAGUCCCGGAACAGCGCCGCCGCCGGAUACUCCCCCGCCCCGCCCCCCGCUCCGAACGACAAGGCCAUGGUGGUGGUCCCGGAGUUCCGGGAGCCGGAGAAGCGGGCCAGAUUGGAGGAAGAACCGUCGAAGCCGGUGGCUUCGCACGCCUCGUCACCAGCCGCCGCGGCGAUAACUUCUCCCUGUAAUCUACAUCGGUUCUUGGAGUCCACAACUCCAUCGGUCCCGGCUCAGUAUCUUUCCAAGAUGAGGAUGAGGGGUUGGAGGACUUGCGAUGUGGAGUUCAGGCCGUAUUUUGCUUUGGGGGAUCUCUGGGAGUCUUUCAAGGAGUGGAGCGCGUAUGGUGCCGGUGUUCCUCUGGUUCUGAAUGGCAGUGAUAGCGUUGUUCAGUAUUAUGUGCCGUAUUUGUCAGGCAUUCAGUUAUACGGUGAAUCAAGUACGCCAUCCAUCAAUUCUAGGCGAGCUGGCGAGGAGAGUGAUGGUGAUUAUUAUCGAGAUUCUAGUAGUGAUGGAAGCAGUGAUUAUGAACAUGAAAAAGGCUUGAAGUACUCAAGGGCAUGGAGUCCAAACCAUCUUACUAGUACCUCCAAUUUAAGGAUGGAUAGGCUGUCUUUGAAAGAGAAACAUGUAGCCUCACAAGAAGGAUUUUCAAGUGAUGAUGGUGAUUCUGGAAAUUCUCAAGGUCGCUUGCUCUUUGAGUUCCUUGAACAGGAUCCUCCAUACAUUCGGGAACCAUUGGCUGAUAAGGUUUCUGUUCUUGCACGAUGUUUUCCUGAAUUAAAGACACUUAGGAGUUGUGAUUUGCUGCCAUCUAGUUGGAUUUCUGUGGCAUGGUACCCUAUAUACCGGAUACCAACUGGACCAACACUAAGGGAUCUGGAUGCUUGUUUUCUCACCUUCCAUUAUCUUUCUACACCAGUGAGAGGUGCUGGUAGUGCCCCUGGUCCUGUAAUUACCUAUCCUCGGGGGGUUGAGGGUGUUCCGAAGAUCUCUCUUCCUAUUUUUGGUCUAGCCUCUUACAAGUUCAAAAGUACCAUAUGGACUCCUAGUGGAGGUGAGAGGCAACUUGUAAACUCCCUGCUGCAAGCAGCUGAUGACUGGCUGCGUCAAUACCAUGUUGAUCACCCGGAUUACCGGUUCUUUGCUUCACAUGGUGUAUGCCGGAGAUAAAACUUGCGGAGUACUUCUAAUUUCCCUUUAAAUUUCAUUAGGAACCAGCUAAUCGUGGAAGGUAGGAUGGUUACUCAUCUUGCAGGCCCAUCAUUAUUUUAGUAGGCCUUUGCAUUUGUGUCUCGUUCGGUCAUUACAGAAGUAGAAUGGAAGGACAUCUGAUAUAAAAUAGAGGGGAAAAAAAAGCAAAAUAAAAGGAAGGAAAUGGGAAUUAAGAUCUCAUAUGAUGGAAAAGUUUCCCCCAAAAAAAAGGACUUUUUACGUGAAACGGAUUGAAACCUGAAGAAAAAUUGGUGGAAGGAAGGUGCGUCAUUUACAGAAUCUGAUGGGAUAUGAUGGAUGAUGGCAGAAAAGGGGUGGAAGUUUGUGUGGUUCUUUUGCACAGAUACCCAAAUAAAUGGACGCGAGUUUUUUUGUAUGUCCUGAUAAGUCAGCAACCUGUGCCUAAAUUAACAUUGUUGGCAUAUCUAAUGAUGCCCCUCUGUUCUCCAUCUCAAUUUGACUUUGUUUGUAGUAUGAUGAUAACUUUUAAAUGCAUUAAAAACUAGAUUUAGAUA